AUGAAAAAAACCAAAACAUCAAACGUUGCUAGUGGAAUCCUAUCCAGAUCGGUUUUAAAGGGGGACCCCGUUUUUUCACAAGAAAACUCAUCUAACAAAAAAGCAAUAAAGAAUGACAACAAGAAGCGGAGAAAACUAAGUGUAAGUUGCAUUUAUGAAAAGGAAACCCUCAAUGACUUAUAUAAAAAGAUUAAUGAAAAUGUUCCUAAUAAAAUUUUUUCAAAACCAGCAACAAAUCAGAAGGAGAAAGGCUUGAAGCAAUCCGCAACAAAAGGCGUUGUAAAAUUCCUUAACAUGAUAGUAAAUUAUCAAGAAAAUUUAAAUUCCAAAACAAAUAAGAGUGCAAACAAUCAAUCAGAUUCAGGAAUUUGUACGGAGAUUCGGAAGUUAAAGAGUGCGGAGUUCAAAAUCAAACCCAAUAGAUUUGGAGCUGUUGUUGGGAUGCACUCUGAUAACUGA